AUGUGGUUAGUCAGUGAGCGUCGGGGCCGUUCCGACGAGAGCGAGCACGAGCUGCGAAGCGCGGGAGAGCGCUGUUCGCUGAGCAGUCGCGCCGGCCACAGCACGGUGGAGUUCAAGGCGGCGGCGUGCGCGGGGGCCGCUGAGCCGCCCGCGCCGCCUCUAGCGGCGCUGCCGGACCCGCAGCAGUUCAACAUCUUCCCGGCUUUCUUCAGCCGACAACUAAACUUCACCGGCGGAGGAGGGUGUGGGCAGGGCUCCAAAAUCAUGGAAGAGUUAAGGCCGAACUUAGUCGGGGGCUUACUAGGGGUCCCGGGGUUGUUAGACGAGCAUCAGUCGGAUGCGAAGUUUCUGCCGUCCGGGGCAGAGAGCAAAUACACGCCGGACAAAGGCAGGAAGUGUAGCAAUGCGUCGUCGUCUUCUGCUGAGGAGUUCGGAGGACUGUACGGUGGAGACCACGCAGCGACGCCGCCAGCGCCGCCUCUGAGCCGCUCCUUACAGGAUCAUUCAGCGGAAGGCGCUUUCAAAAAGUUAAAACCGGAGCCUGGUGGGAACAACACGUCAUCAGGUACCUCAGCCCUGUCUCCAGCCCUGGGUCCCCAACACGCGGGGCACACCCCCACCACUGCCUCCUGCCCCACGCCUGCGCGGAGGAGGCACAGAACGACAUUCACUCAGGAACAAUUAGCAGAAUUAGAAGCGGCUUUCGCCAAAUCGCACUACCCAGAUAUUUACUGUAGAGAAGAAUUGGCGAGGACCACCAAACUCAACGAGGCGAGGAUACAGGUGUGGUUCCAAAACCGGCGCGCCAAGUACCGCAAGCAGGAGAAACAGCUGCAGAAGGCUCUAGCACCAGCCGUCCUGCCUGGCUGCAACGGCAUGAUGAGGAACAUCCAGGGUUACCGGGGGUACCAGCCGUACCCACAUCCCAACACCAUCAACCGGUAUCCGCAGGUACAUACAUACAUACAGCACCACGGCAGCUAUGAAGAACUUCAGAAAGACAUCUUCUCACUGUCACAAAUGGGAGGUGGUUCAUACCCCAUGCCGCAGGGCUUCUCCAUGGGUCACAGUGCCAACAUGAGCGCCGUCGGCAUGAGGCAGGACACCAUGGGCAUGAGCGCUGAAGACGAAUGGUACAACAAGUCCCUCUCAGCCCUGAGGAUGAACAGCGGCCACCAUGCAAACCUAGCGGCAGCGCCUAUGUUGCAAUACCAAACCUAA